AUAUCGAUAAACGAUUGCAGUUGUCCACAUAGUGACGAAUCGCGUACUGUUUACCUCAAGGAAGAAGUCUGAUAAAUGUGAAAAAGUCUAUUCGAAAAAGAGUUGACUAACGAAUUUAUGCAUUUGGCUUGACUUUGUCACUCGAGUUUUAACCGCGCUGCGAGCUUUUUUAUUUCAAACAUUUCAAGUUUAAACACUAAGAAUGGACGACUUUGACGACGAUUCCUUUAACGAUGUUCUGGGCUCCAUGGAAAUGCCCUCGGCGGCAAAGCAACCCAAAGUGGUUGAAGCUGCUCCACCGGCUACCAGUUCCAGUAGCAGCACGUCAAGUUCCGCAUCCGCCAAUCCUGUGCCCGCCAAGCCGCCAUCCAAUCCCCACAGCGUACUUGUCCACAGCAAACAACGCGGCAAUCCCAUCCUGAAGUCCAUCCUCAAUGUUCCUCUGGAGUUCCGAGAUGAUAUCGUGCCCGACUAUGUUGUGGGUCGGACAUCCUGCGUUCUCUACCUGUCCCUAAAAUAUCACAAUCUCAAUCCGGACUACAUCUGCCAGCGACUGAAAGCUCUGGGCAAAAUGUACGAGCUCCGAGUGCUCCUGGUUCAAGUGGACACUCCGGAGCCACACAACGCCCUCAAGAGCCUGACCAGGAUCUCGCUUCUGGCCGAUCUGACCAUGAUGUUGGCCUGGAACGCCGAGGAGGCGGGAAAAAUCAUUGAGACCUAUAAACAGUUCGAGAAGCGCCCGCCAGAUUUGAUCAUGGAGCGGGUGGAGUCCAAUCCGCAUCAAAAGCUUGUGGCUGCUCUUACCAACAUCAAGCCGGUGAACAAGACGGACGCCGUCACCCUGCUGCAAACCUUCGGCAACCUGGGCAACAUCAUCACUGCCAGCGAGGAGCGGUUGUCCCAGGUGAUGGGACUGGGUCCCCGGAAGGCCAAGAAGCUGUACAAAACCCUGCACGAGCCCUUCCUCAGCAAGUAGCUUUUACGCAUCCCAAAGUUAUGUGUU